AUGUACCUUCUCGGUGAAUUCCCUGUCAAGCGGGCCAUUAUCUCCAGCCUUAGACAAGCAUCCGGCACACGCCAAUAUCGCCGUCCAUACGCUCUACAAAAUCGUUUGUACUCGCAGAUCGCUCGCGACCCCAGUAAAACGCCAGCUACAUUUUCAAACCAGAGUCGUAUUCCUCGACUUCCCAUUCCCACACUUCAGGAGACUGCCGAGCGAUAUAAGAAAAGUUUAUUACCAAUUCUGAGUUCUGAGGAUUAUGUUCGAGCUGCCAAAGCAGUCGACGAAUUUGUUAGUCCAAAUGGACUAGGAGAGAUUCUUCAGCAGAGAUUACACGAGCUGGAUAAGCGAGAACCGAAUAAUUGGUUAGAAAAAAUCUGGUUGGCCAAAGCAUAUCUCGAGUGGCGAGAGCCUACUCUUAUAAAUGUCAACUGGUGGUGUGAAUUUCGUGAUCCAGCAGGCGGUAUCCUCAAAACUCCUCCACCCCGUGGAGAAUUAUCUGAUUUUCAACUGUCCAGAGCAGCAGGAAUCAUAUCGAAUUUAUUGACUUUUAGUGAUACAGUGAAUAAUGAACUACUCCCUCCCGAAUCGACAAGACAGGGUCCACUAUGUAUGAAUCAAUACAAAAACCAGUUUGGCACUACUCGCAUCGCCGACUCGCCAGCAGAUAGAAUAAUUACAACGUGGCCAGCGACAGCCAAGCAUAUCAUUGUUCUCAUGAGAGAUCAUAUAUUUAAAGUUCAAGUUCUCGGAGAGGGUGGCGCGCGAGUCCCGAUUAAAGCAAUAGAACAACAAUUGAGAACCGUGGCGACUAUGUUGAAAAAUGCACAACAAAUAGAUUCCCCCGUUGGUCUAUUAACAGGCGAGCACCGAGAUGCUUGGGCAGCGGCGAGAAAAGCUCUAGAGGAACUUUCACCUGAGAACCGCGCUUCGUUUAACGAAAUCGAUACUGCAUUGUUUGCUGUUUGCCUUGAUGAUUACUCUGUGGAUACCGAUAUCGAUAUCUCGCAUCAUAAUAUUUUCCAUGCGUUCAACGGCAGAAACCGCUGGUUUGACAAGUCACUUCAGGUCAUCAUACAGAACAACGGUCGUGCAGGCGUAAAUGGAGAGCAUUCGCCGGCAGAUGCCGUCAUCCCUGGUAACAUUUUCGAUAAUAUUUUGACAACAGAACCACAAGAUCCUCCGAAUGCGUCAACAGCAAUUACACUUCCGCCGCCGCAACCUCUUCAAUGGGUCCUUGACGACAAAUCAAUCAACGUCAUCAGCAAUGCAAAAGUUAAUAUUCAAAAGACCAUUGAUAAUGUUGAGAGUGUUCUACUGCACUAUUCCGAAUUUGGAUCGAGUUGGCUGAAGAGCGUGAAGGUCAGCCCAGAUGCAUUUGUUCAGAUGGUUCUUCAACUCGCUUAUUAUCGACAUCAUGGUGAACCGGUACCCACUUACGAAACGGCUUCAACAAGAGCAUUCCUGCACGGUCGAACCGAAACCGUGAGAUCAUGCUCGGUGGAUAGCGUUGCGUUUACCAAAAUUUUUGAUGAUAAAGAUGCCAAGAAAGAGGAGAAGCUUGCGUCGUUUGCGAAUGCCAUCAAGACCCAUUUAGAAUACAUGAUAGCAGCGAGCUCAGGCAAGGGUGUUGACCGCCAUCUUCUCGGAUUGCGCACACAAAUCCAAUCCGAUGAAGAACAAUCUCGAGCACACAUAUUUACCGAUCCGUCCUAUAUCCAAUCCAUGUACUUUAAAUUAUCGACAUCUAACAUGAGUCCAGGUGAUAAUUUUUAUGGUGGCUUUGGCCCUAUUGUUCCUGAGGGUUAUGGUAUCAACUAUGCUAUUGGGAAGGACAAUAUCAAGUUCAGCAUAAGCAGUUUGAAGACUUUUAGCGAGACGGAUAGCGUCGCUUUCAGGAAGACCCUCAAGAGUACAUUGGACGAUUUGAGAGCUAUAAUAUAG